UUAGGUUUGCCCUCGCCGUCCUCCGAUUUGCGUCUCCCGUUUCACAGUGACCGAGUCGCCACCUCACUCGUCUUUUUUCUCUUCUCCUCGACGUCUUCGUCUCCCUCCGGCCACCGUCGACCUCGUCGAUUUCUCCUCAGUUCUGCGAGUAACGACUCACACCGGUCAAUAUUAUCAAUCUUGGGACUGGAAUGAAGAAACAUAGUAGUUCUGUUCUUAGCUCUGGCAAACAAAUCAUGGAGGAAGAAAGUGAAGAUUUUGAAUCUUCUUCCUCAGACGAUUCUCUUGACUCGGAAGAGGAGAAUAUAGAGCGUGAACUUGCAGAUGUGACUUUUGAAGAGUUACAGAGAGCACGGUCUGAUGGAUCACAUUCGAUGUUCCAAAAGACCAAACAAGAGAAGAAAGGUGGGCGAGCAAACAAGAACAGGCCAAUGGAGGUUAGCAGUAGGAAACCAGUUAGUAGGUUUAGGGAGGUCAUUCAGGCUCCUAAAAAUAUGGUACGUGAUCCCCGUUUUGAAUCUUUAUCUGGUACUCUUGAUGUUGAUGGAUUUAAGAAGAGAUAUAGUUUCAUAUACGAGAAUAAGCUUCCAGCUGAGAAAGAGGAACUGAAAAAGCAGUUGAGGAAAACCAAUGAUCCAAAUGUUGUUGAAGAACUAAAAAAUCAAUUAUCUUGGAUUGACAAGCAAUUCAAAUCCGACUCCACAAAGCGUGUCGAUGCUGCAAUUCUGGCCAAACAUAAGAAGAAAGAGAGAGAGGCAGCCAAACAUGGGAAAAAGCCCUUCUAUCUUAAGAAAUCUGAAAUUCGAAAGCAAAGGCUUAUCGAAAAAUACACCAGUCUCAAGUCCACUGGGAAGCUUGAUGCUUAUGUGGAAAGGAGGAGGAGGAAAAAUGCUGCAAAGGAUCGUAGAUACAUACCACAUCAAAGGUCUAGUAAGCUUGAUGAGCAAGAUUGAAGUUAACAGGUCUUAUCAUGCUUGCUUUAAGGAGAUUCAUGUUCCAUAUAUUUUAAAUUUAGCCUGACUCAAGAUUUUACUUUCCAUUUCUUGGGUUAUUGUGUUUGAUAUGUAAAUCUGAUGUUAGAUUCCAAAUAUUUGAAAUAACUUAUUUGUCUUA